AUGUCUUUUUCAUUCAACGGCAACCACAUUGAACUCGCCUCAGAAGCUCUGGGGUCGAGCUUCGAGUCUGAGGCCAACUCCAACUUUGUCUUUCUCGAAACCCACGAGCCCCUUUCGCACUCUCAAGAAUCCGAGCUUCAAUCCUACGGCGUACGCUUCCUCCAGCAGCUCACCGAGACAACGUGGCUGUGCAAAUACGAGCCCGCCGACCUUGUCAUCAUCCGCGGCCAGGCUUUCGUGGCCAACGUUGCCGUCGUCGACCCCCGCCAUAAGAUUGCCCCCACCCUGAAGGCGCCCAUGUGGGCCAGGAAGAAGAGUGAAGAGAGGGAGGAGAAGCACACUGUUCACGUCAGACUUCAUGAAGAGGCCGGAAUGACGGCGCAUCAGGUGGCUAGGAGGAUGAGCGAGGUUACUGAUGUGUCGAUUGAGGAGAUGGUCGUGCAACGGGAUAACACCGUGACGUUGGAUGUUGCCGGGCAGGUGCUGUUGAACAUCGCCAAGAUUGACGACGUUGCUUCUAUUGAGAAGGUUAGGGGAGAGGUCGAGGUUUCUUGA